UAUGAAAAAGUGAAACUCUCACAGUCUGUGUGUCUGAGAGGAGAAAUGGCGCAGAAAGGAGCAGAUCUGGAUGAAGAAAGCUUCUGCUGUUCCAUCUGUCUGGAUCUGCUGAAGGAUCCGGUGACUAUUCCCUGUGGACACAGCUACUGCAUGAAGUGUCUUCAAGGAUUGUGGGAUGCAGAGGAGAAAGUCCCCAGCUGUCCUCAGUGCAGGAAGACCUUCACACCGAGGCCUGUUCUGGGGAAAAAUGUCAUGUUAGCAGCUUUAGUGGAGCAGCGGAAGAAGACCGGACUCCAAGCUGCUCCUGCUGGUCUCUGCUAUGCUGGACCUGAAGAUGUGGUCUGUGACGUCUGCACUGGAAGAAAACUGAAAGCCAUCAAGUCCUGCUUGAGCUGCCUGGCCUCUUACUGUGAGGAACACCUUCAGCCUCAUCUGAAAGCAGCUGCAUUGAAGAAACACAAGCUGGUGGAACCCUCCAAGAACCUGCAGGAGAACAUCUGCUCCCGUCAUGAUGAGGUGAUGAAGAUGUUCUGUCGCACUGAUCAGAAGAGCAUCUGUUAUCUCUGCUCUGUGGAAGAACACAGAGGCCACGACACAGUCUCAGCUGCAGCAGAAAGGACUGAGAAGCAGAGAGAGCUGGAGGAGAGUCAGCAACAAAUCCAGCAGAGAAUCCAGGACAGAGAGAAAGAGGUGAAGCUGCUUCAACAGGAGGUGGAGGCCAUCAAUCACUCUGCUGAUCAAAGCGUGGAGGACAGUGAGAAGAUCUUCACUCAGAUGAUCCGUCUCCUCCAGAAAAGAAGCCGUGAUGUGGAGCAGCAGAUCAGAUCCCAGCAGCAAACUGAAGUGAGGCGAGUCAAAGGUCUUCAGGAGGAGCUGGAGCAGGACAUGGCUGAGCUGAAGAGGAGAGACGCUGAGCUGAAGCAGCUCUGGCUCACAGAGGAUCACAGCCACUUUCUGCUCAACUACCCCUCACUGCCCCCACUCAGUGAGUCCACCCCCUCAGCCAGCAUCCAUGUCCGUCCUCUGACAUACUUUGAGGAUGUGACAGCAGCUGUGACAGAGCUCAGAGACAAACUGCAGGACAUUCUGAGAGAGGAAUGGACAAACAUCUCACUGACAGUCUCUCAUGUGGACGUUUUACUGUCAGAACCAGAACCAGAACCAAAGAGCAGAGCUGACUUCCUCAGAUAUUCACGUCAAAUCACACUGGAUCCAAACACAGCACACAGACAUCUGUUACUGUCAGAGGAGAACAGAAAGGUGACAGCGAUGGAAGAACCUCAGUCUGAUUCUGAUCAUCCAGACAGAUUUACUGAUUGGUUUCAGGUUCUGAGUAGAGAGAGUCUGACUGGACGUUGUUACUGGGAGGUAGAGAGGAGAGGAGACUAUGUCAAAGUAGCAGUCGCAUACAAGAACAUCAGCAGAUCUGGAAAUGAAAGUGGAUUUGGUUUAAAUGAUAAGUCUUGGUCAUUAUAUUGUCAGCCAGACUUGUUCUCAUUUGUCCACAACAGCAUAGAAACCUCCAUCUCAGCUCGUGUUCCCUCCAGAGUAGGAGUGUACCUGGAUCACAGAGCAGGUGUUCUGUCCUUCUACAGCGUCUCUGAAAGCAUGACUCUCCUCCACAGAGUCCAGACCACUUUCACUCAGACGCUCCAUGCUGGACUGAUUGUGGGUUAUGUUGGAGACACAGCAGAGUUGUGUAAAGUGAGGUAGUUCCUGAAAGAAGUGAAAUGUUUGUUUUCAGUGAUUUCUGUCAUGGUGCCUCUGUCAGCUCUCCUCCCCCUCCCCUCUCUGCUUGGCCAGUGAUUUAUCCCAGCUGCGUCCACUCAACUCAUCACCCUGCCAGACCUACUUAAGGAACUUCAGGACCAGGAUUCAAUGCCAGUUCGUUGCCCUUGAUGGACCUUCAUGCCCCACGAGUUGAUGCCCGAAUCAGCUCCUACCCAAGCGGAAUUUCCCCGGAGCUACCUACCUCUUCUCAACGCUCCAUCCGAACACCAAGCGUCACGUCAAGAUCCACAGCCUCGUCUAGAACUGCCGCCGAGCCUUCCGACACAUCUGGAGCCAUCGUCGAAUCCCAAGACUCGCCCCGGAACGCCGACGGUCCUUCAGCCUCGCCGACCUCCUGCCACAACAGGAUUACUAAUCAACUGGAAUAAUAAAUCCUAUUACUCACCUUCAUUCACCUCCUGUCUUCCUCCAUGAUCCCGGAAAACUUCCGCCUACAACCCGAGCCUUUCUUCGGCGAUGUCGAAGCAUGUGGCGGUUUCCUCCUAAAAUGUCGACUACUGUUCCAACAAGCCCAGAGGUACUACCAUUCUGAUCAUAGUAAAAUAACAUUAACUCUCUACGUAAUAAGGCCCUGCAAUGGGCUCAGGCGUCCCUGGCGGUCAACCCCAUAUCCCACCUAUCCUUUGACCGCUUCAUCGGAGAGUUCCAGUUUGUGUUUGAUCAGCCGAGAAAGCAGGAAGAAGCCACCCGUAAGCUUUUAGCUCUCAAGCAGCGUCUGUCAGUGACCAUGUUAUUGAUUUCAGAAUCCUGGCGGUGGAAGCGGGUUGGUCUGAUCCGGCGUUAGGAGGGGUCUUCUACCAAUCUUUGAACGAAUCUAUCAAAGACCACCUAUGUACGCAACCCGAAAUCCACACCUUUAAAGGCUCUCACACCCGUUUACGGGAACGACAACAUGAGUAGCCCACUCAACCCCGCAAAAGCCCAGUAACGACCACUCAAGGUACGACAUAUCACUCUCCACCAGCCCCCUCAUCUCAAACACCCCCUAGCUUACCAGAAGAACCCAUGCAGUUCGGACACUCUAAGCUAUCCGCGGAGGAGAGACGCCGUGAAGAGGGUGCGUGUUUUUACUGCGGGAAGCUAAGACACCAAGUAAACCAAUGCGACGUACGUUUAAACUCCAGAGCCCCCCGCUAGAAGGGCGAGUGUUUCCAUUACCACACUUAAAGCAUUUCUCUUUGUUCCUGUCAAGCUUUGCCCUUUGUCAGAGAUCACCGACCUUCAAGCUUUAAUAGACUCUGGAGCUGAACAAAGCUUAAUAGAUCACAGCAUUGUUUCUCGUCUGUCUCUCCCCACUGACAAACUCGAAGCUCCGGUUAAAGCCACUGGCUUAGGAGGCCAACACCUCUCUUUGAUAACUCAUCCUACUAGACCUGUUCUGCUCAUUACCUCCGGUAAUCAUAGGGAACACACCUGGUUUUUUCACUCACACUCCUCAGAAUCCUGUCGUGUUAGGGUUCUCGUGGCUUCAAGGUCGUAAUCCCCAGUUUGAUUGGGUUCACCACCGCAUCACCAAUUGGAGUGAUUUUUGUCUGGCUAACUGUCUGCAAUCAGCUUUUCCGCCGGUUACUGUUUCCACCCUUCAUAGUCCUGAAGAAAUUGAUCUAUCUAAUUUGCCUGACUGUUAUCAUGACUUAAGAACCGUUUUCAGCAAAUCCAAAUCAAGUUCUUCACGUCCUCACAGACCCUAUGAUUGCUCCAUAAACUUGCAUCAUGGAGCCACACUCCCGAAAGGGAGAUUAUUUAAUCUUUCUGGUCCAGAGAAAGCAGCUAUGGAGCGGUAAAUCCAGGAGGCUCUUUCUUCGGGACACAUCCGCCCCUCGUCAUCCCCUGUUGGUGCAGGGUUCUUCUUCGUCGAAAAGAAGAACCAGACCCUUAGGCCUUGUAUUGACUACCGCAAGCUAAACAAAAUCCCUAUUAAAGACAAGUCUUCUCUCCUUCUCAUCAGCUCUGUUUUUGAUUCUACACAGGAAACUCGUAUAUUUUCUAAACUUGACCUCCGUAAUGCUUACCAUCUCGUUCGGGUGAAGGAGGGAGAUGAAUGGAAUACUGCCUUUAAUACACCCUUGGGGCAUUAUGAAUAUUUGGUCAUACCUUUUGGCUUGACUAAAGCGCCCGCAGUUUUCCAGCGUCUAGUCAACGACGAGCUCAGGGAUUUUAUCAAUAGUUUUGUGUUUGUAUACCUCAACAACAUCCUCAUUUACUCUAAAGAUCCCACUCAACAUGAGAAUCAGGUUCGUCUUGUGCUUCAGAGGUUGUCCGAAAACCAGCUCUUCGUCAAAGCCAAGAAAUGCCAGUUUCACACUUCGGUAAUACCCUUUCUUGGCUAUAUUUUUGAGGCUGGCAGUAUGCGCCCCGAUCCUGCCAAGAUUGAAGCCGUCUCCCAAUGGGAACCCUCUACGUCCCGUAAGAAGUUACAACAGUUUCUUGGGUUUGCUAACUACUACCGACAUUUUAUCAGAAAUUACAGUGCUAUCGACUCACAUCCACGACCAGGACUUUUCAAUAGAACUCUGCAGCCCAAACCUCCUUUGACACUCUUAAAGAACUCCUUGUUUCUGCCCCUAUCCUGAUUCAACCUGAUCCCACCAGACAAUUCGUUGUCGAGGUUGACGCUUCCAACUCAGGAGUGGGAGCCAUCCUUUCCCAACGAGAACAGAAGUCUGGCAAACUAAAACCUUGUGCUUUCUUCUCAAAGAAACUCUCCUCCACUGAGCGUAAUUGUGUUGUUUGCAAUCGGCAACUCCUCGCUAUCAAGUUGGCAUUAGAAGAGUGGCGUCAUUGGCUGGAGGGAGCAGUUCAACCGUUCAUUCUAUGGACAGAUCACAAAAACCUUUCAUACCUACAAUCAGCAAAAAGACUUAACUCUCGUCAAGCCCGCUGGUGUAUUUUUUUUGACCGUUUCAACUUUUCAAUCACCUACAGACCAGGCGUAAUGUAAAACCGGACGCCCUCUCCCGGAAAUAUUGCUCCUCGGAUGUACAGACCACCACCACCACCAACAUCCUCCCGCAAACCUGCAUCAUUGGGAGUUUAACCUGGGACAUCGAAACCAAAGUCAUAUAGGCCCAAGGUGAGGAACCUGACCACUCCGAUCCUCCUAAUGGUAUGCUAUAUGUUCCUCACUCCCUCAGAUCAGACGCCAUAACCUGGACCCACUCUUCCUGCAUUGCCUGCCAUGGGGGAGUCACCAGAACACUCAACCUCCUCUGCAGACGCUUUUUCUGGCCGUCCAUGAGUAAGGACGUCAGGGAGCAUGUUGCCGCCUGUCCCACUUGUGCAUGCUCCAAGUCCUCCAAUUCACCAGGACCAUCAGGACAAUCUUCAACGGCGCCAACACAUUUGGCAUCAAACCAGGGCCGCACUCCGCACCAAGGAGAGCAACUGCCAUUCUGCUAACCGUCACAGGGUGGUGGGGCCCACCUACCAACCUGGUCAGAGGGUCUGGCUGUCUUCACGGAACAUCCCCAUUCAGGCCACGUCUCGCAAACUUGCCCCCCGUUAUAUUGGACCCUACACCAUCGACAGAGUCAUCAAUCCCUCCUGUGUCAGUCUACCGGCGGCCCUCAAGGUUCAUCCAUCAUUUCACAUUUCUCAAAUCAAGCCUUUUUUGGACAGCGCGCUUUGCCCGCCUUCCGCUUCCCCUCCUCACGCCCGGGUCAUUGAUGGCGCCCCUGCCUACACGGUCAGCCGCAUUUUGGACGUUCGACGCCGGGUAAAAAAGCUCCUGGGUCUCCCGUUCCCUCAUUCUGGACCCGGCCCUCAUCUCUGCAUUCUAUUGGGCCCACCCGGAUCGGCAUCCUGGACCGCCUGGAGGCGGUCGUUGAGGGGAGGUACUGUCAUGGUGCCUCUGUCAGACUCCUCCCCCUCCCAGCUCUGGUCUGAUCCUGAUUUCCACCAGCUAUCUUCACUCAGCUCAUUACCCUCUGCUGCUCAAAAGGAGACCCAGCUCCAGUAUUCAACGCCAGUUCGUUGCCCCUUAUGGAAACCAUUUCACGAGUGACGCCAGUGUGGAUCCUCUUCCAAGCUGUAUCGGAGAGCCUGAAGACUUCUCGGCCUACGCUAACCGCGUUAGCACCUCGAGCCACGCCACAAGCCAUUUUCAAGCCCGAACAACGCCAAGCCAAAGCCACAGCCUUUCACGGAGAAAAAAA